CCUCGAGCCUCGGUCACAUGAUAUCGGUAAUCCAAGAUGGUGGACUUCCUUGCAGAUAACAACGCUUGCGGACAGACCGUUUUAAAGCUCGUUAGCCGAGGAAAUGCCAUCGUUGCCGAGCUAUUGCGGCUCUCCGACUUUAUACCUCCGGUUUUCAAGCAAGAAACGAAAGAAGACCGUGAUAAAUAUGGCGAGAUCUUGGCAGACUUCUCCUAUUUCAAGGGACCUGACUACUACGAGAACCGGAUUGAUUCCAAGGCGGAACUUCAAGAUCUUGAUGAGGAAUUUAGGGAGAACCAUAUUGAGAUCCUGACCAGAUUCUAUAAAGCCUUUGAGAGUGUCCACAAGUACAUCACUGAUCUAAACAGAUACCUGGAAGAUCUUGAUGAAGGAGUUUUCAUUCAGCAAACACUAGAGAGUGUACUGCUCAAUGAAGACGGAAAACAGCUUAUGUGUGAAAGUUUGUACCUGUACGGGGUUAUGCUUCUUGUCAUUGAUAUGAAGUUUGAAGGGGAUGUGCGUGAGAGAAUGUUGGUGUCAUAUCACAGAUACUGUGCAGCCAGGGCUGAUGUUGACUCCAAUAUCGAUGAUGUGUGCAAGCUUCUUAGAAGCACUGGAUUUUCCUUGGCUCCAGGAUCAAAAAGACCUCUCAAGUACCCAGAGGAUUAUUUUCAACGUAUCUCAGUACCUGAUUCAUUUGUGGAUAUGCUAAUUGGUCGUCUUCGGUCUGACGAUGUCUACAAUCAGAUUUCAGCGUAUCCUUUACCAGAACACCGUAGCACAGCUCUUGCAACCCAGGCCUCCAUGUUGUAUGUCAUCUUGUUUUUUGCUCCAGACAUUCUACAGAACCAGCAGGCUAAAAUGAGAGAGAUUGUAGACAAACAUUUCCCCGAUAACUGGGUGAUCAGUGUUUACAUGGGAAAUGUUGUGAAUCUGGUGGAAGCUUGGGAUCCCUACAGAGCUGCUAAGACAGCUCUUAACAAUACUCUAGAUCCUACUAAUGUCAAAACUUUGGUGAGAAUGUUCAAGCAGAUGUUGGCACAGAAGCAGUCCCAGUGGGAGAAACACAAAACAGAAGGAGUUGAAAGGAUGGAUGAGCUAUCUGAAGUGUUUUCUGGGACCAAACCACUCACACGAAUUCAAAAGAAUGAAAACCUGCAGGCAUGGUUCAAGGAGAUGUCCAAUCAGAUUUCCUCAUUAAGCUAUGACGAUUCUACCUCCGCUGGACGGAAAAUGGUGCAGCUUAUUCAAGCAUUAGAAGAGGUUCAAGAAUUUCAUCAAUUAGAAAGCAACCUGCAAGUGAGACAGUUUCUGCUGGAGACAAGACAGUUUCUGCAUCAGAUGAUAAGGACAAUUAACAUCAAAGAAGAGGUUUUGAUCACCAUUCAGUUGGUAGCGGACUUAUCAUAUGCCUGGAACAUCAUUGAUAGCUAUUCUGGAUUUAUGCAGCAAGGAAUAAAGAGUAACCCUUCACUGGUUCAGAAACUAAGAGCAACAUUCCUCAAGGUAAAAAAAUGUAAAAUCAUGGUUCCAACCAGGUUGGAAAAGGACAAAUUGAGAGAAUAUGCACAAUUAGAUGAAAGAUACCAGAUAGCAAAGCUGACUCAUGCCAUCUCAGUGUUCACAGAAGGGAUUUUGAUGAUGAAAACAACUUUAGUGGGAAUUAUAAAGAUUGAUCCAAAGCAGCUGUUAGAGGAUGGGAUAAGAAAGGAGUUGGUCAGACAGGUAGCAUCUGCCUUGCACAUGGGCCUCACCUUCAGUCCAAAAGCUAAGCAAUCUGAGCUUAGUAUAAGGCUGAAAGAGCUCGGUGGAAGAAUGGAUGGGUUCCGCCGCUCCUUUGAGUACAUCCAAGAUUACAUCAACAUUUAUGGCCUGAAAAUCUGGCAAGAGGAAGUUUCUAGGAUUAUUAAUUACAACGUGGAACAGGAAUGCAACAGCUUUCUGAGAGAAAAGGUUCAUGAUUGGCAGUCUGUCUAUCAAUCGACCACAAUUCCUAUACCGAAGUUUCCCCCUGUGGAUGAAUCGGUGAAUUUCAUUGGACGACUAGCGAGGGAGAUUCUACGAAUAACAGACACCAGGACCACGUGUUACAUUGAUCAGAUGGGAGCCUGGUACGACAGUAGAACCAAACAAGAGGUCAUGAAUUUACUGAUUCUAAAACAGCUCCAGCAGGCUGUUGGUUCAUUUGGACUGACUGGAUUAGACAAGUUGCUGUCAUUCAUGAUCGUCAAGGAAUUGCAGAAAUUCCAGGGGCUUCUCAGAGGAGCACUUAAAGACAAACUUGUGGCGGACACUUUAGUCCCUCUUUCCAAACAGCUUACACCUGUCAAGAGUCUCAUUGCUUCACCCUAUAGGGUGUAUCCUCCAGUUACCCAAAAGCUGGCUCGAUUGUGGACUCAGUACUGUGAGGUGAUCAUGAAGGUGGGACAGAUGCAGCUCAUUAGAAGACAGAUUGCCAAUGAACUGAACUGCUCUUGCAAGUUUGAUUCAGAGGUUCUUCAUAAUGCUCUAGAGACUUUUAACAACGCACUUUUGCGCGAUGUCGAGGCUCACUACCAGGAUCCCACUCGGCCAUAUCCCAAAGAAGAGAACCCGUUGAUGUUUGAACUGACGUCAUAUCUUGAAUGGGCUGGAAUCCACAACCCCCUGACUAAGAUCUAUAUCACCACAAAGAAGUAUCCGUAUUUUGCGUUGCUGAAUUUUCUGUGCGUGACUGCUCAACUGUCGAAGCUGGUGUACGUCAAGAGUGUUGGCACAAUGGUAGCAAGGCGUCCAACCGAUCAAAUCGACAGCGCGCCAUUUGUUGUGGGAAUGAUAACAGUCCUUAAACAGUUCCAUUCGGAGUACACGGAACAAUUCUUGGCUUGCUGUGGACAGUACGUCAGGUCCCUUAUAGAAGCUUCUGCUACUAAUGUAAGGAGCCAGGAGAUCCCAGCAGAAGUUGUAAACCUGUUGGUUUUCAUGGAAGACUUUAUCAUGUACAGUGAGCUUCCAAGAAAGGUUGUUGAGGCUCACAUUCCAAGCUACAUUUUUGAUCAGUUUCGAGUUCAUCUCACGUAGCAUUUCAACUCAACGUCAAAGAAGUUUCUAAGACUUUCAGUCUACAGUAUAUAGAAUAUUAGAAUUUAGUUCAAAUCAAUUUUCUAGUGACUUCUAAAAGGUGAGUAAUCGUGUGAAAAAUAUGACAUGUAACGGGUGGCAAGCCCGGAAAAAGCAACACAUGACAGCUGAAAAGCGCGGGAUAGUCGUUCAAGGUCGAUUGACUUUUACAAUAACUGUCUAAUUUCUCGCGCGCUGAUUGGCUCAUUGUUAUCAUCAAUAAGAGUACAG